AUGAAGCAAUUGCACAAACAAUCACAUGCAAAUCAAAGACGAGAUGAAGAAAUGCCCAACAAUCAAACCCCACCAUACUCCCCCAAAUCCUUUAAACACCCAUCGUCUUCAAGAUAUCUCCAUAGAUCCUUCACUUACAUCUUCAAAGAACAACGUUUUCUCUUCAUCAUCAUCGGAAUCUUGAUCGGUUCCAUCUACUUCAUCUACCAACCCUCCUUAUCCACCCUUUCCAUCACCGAUUCUAACAAUGUAGACGAAAUUCGCAGAUUCCCCAGAUCAAUUUCAAUUACCCACCGUGAAACCCCCACCCUCCACCGCCGUCCCGUUGAUCAUGGGGCCGCCGCAAAGAUUCCCGCCCCCAUUACUCAUAGGAGGAUGAGGACGGUGGUGACCGGCGGAGCUGGGUUUGUGGGUAGUCAUUUGGUGGAUAAGUUGAUGGCUAGAGGGGAUGAAGUUAUUGUUCUUGAUAAUUUCUUCACUGGUAGGAAAGAAAAUUUGGUUCAUCAUUUUGAGAACCCUAGAUUUGAGUUGAUUAGACAUGAUGUUGUUAGACCCAUUUUGUUGGAGGUUGAUCAGAUCUAUCAUUUAGCUUGCCCUGCUUCUCCUGUUCAUUACAAGUAUAAUCCUGUCAAGACCAUCAAGACAAAUGUGAUGGGGACCUUAAACAUGCUCGGACUCGCCAAAAGAAUCCGGGCACGGUUCUUGAUUACGAGCACUAGUGAGGUCUACGGAGACCCUCUUGAGCAUCCACAAAAGGAAACGUAUUGGGGACACGUGAAUCCGAUAGGUGUUAGAAGUUGCUACGAUGAAGGGAAACGAACCGCUGAAACAUUAACAAUGGAUUAUCAUAGAAACGAUGGUCUUGAGGUCCGUAUUGCACGUAUCUUUAACACAUAUGGUCCUCGAAUGUGUCUAGAUGACGGUCGUGUUGUUAGCAACUUUGUUUCACAGGCGAUUCGUAAGCAGCCCAUGACUGUUUAUGGUGACGGAAAGCAAACACGAAGCUUUCAAUACGUCUCGGAUUUGGUUGAUGGACUGAUGGCACUCAUGGAAGGCGAUCAUAUCGGGCCUUUCAAUUUGGGCAAUCCGGGAGAGUUCACCAUGUUAGAGCUGGCUGAGGUGGUGAAAGAAAUUAUCGACUCGAAGGCUGCAAUAGAAUUCCGAGAGAAUACUGCUGACGAUCCUCAGAAAAGAAAACCGGAUAUCAGCAAAGCGAAAGAGCUGCUGAAAUGGGAGCCGAAGAUCACGCUCCGAGAGGGUCUGCCACAAAUGGCGUCAGAUUUCAGAAGUCGAAUCUUGAAAGAAGACGAAGGCGAAUUUGACAAAUGA